CUACCCUGCACACUCUUCCCUAAAAAUUCCCUUCAAUUUCAUUCUUUUUCAUCUCUAUUACCAUUUCUUCGAACUCCCUUUCCACUGCUGCAGCUUACUUCCAACCACGCAGCUUCAAAAUUCGCCGGCCCACACCACUCCAUGUAUUCCCUUCUCCCAGUCCUUUCCCCCAUAAAAGCCCCCACCUUUCCUCCCCAUAUCUCACGUUCAGUAAAGCUCAGGCCGCUUCUCCGUCGCCGGCAGCCGCCCGCGUCCCCGCAGGCUAUCUUCAACACCAGUCUCUCUUCUCCUCCUCCGGUCGCUUCCGCACUUAGAGCCGAUACAGGAAGCUCAAGUGCGGAGGAUUCGCUGCAAUGGGAGGAGCUCAUCGAGAAGG